UAUAGCUUUAACAACCAGACAGGAUAUUUCUGGCAGAAGAACAGCCUGGAAUUCUGCCAAGAGCCUGAGGAAACGUUUUUUUAGGCAGCUGGGAUUCUGAAACUCCACACCAGUUCAAUUCCCCUCCCCCUUCCUCCAUUAUUCACUCUGCCGCUCUGCACGAGAAACUGUAAACCACACAGUUUCUACUAACAGCAUAAAAUUCUGAAGACUAACCUGAGUACAACCUGAAAUGUCCAGGUAGACGAGCUUGUGGCAGCCCUUCCCUGUGGCAAGACUGCCUUGCAAGGAACAAGUGGUUUAAGUCAGUGCAAAACCCAAAUUUUUUGAAGCUACCUUAGUUCUCACAUGUCUUUGGAUUCUUGUGUACGACCAAAUCAUCACUCAGUUGCUGGAACCAUCUGGAUCUCAGGAUGCAAGUAAUUAGGAUUAUUUUGUUGCUACUCCUAUGUAGAGCAGUAGACCUCAUGAAAAUUAAGAAUGGUCGCCAUGGAAACAGAAUGAGGGACUGUGGCAAGAAAUGUCUCAAAAAGCGCUCUACUCACGUCAAAAGAUUUGAUCAAUUCCUAAGCUCCAUAUGCAGUGAGAGUUUGCAUGAAGAUGAGAAAAUAUUGGAUUGUCAAGAUAAGCAACUUAUUACAAUUCCUCCUAAUUUGCCAAGGGACAUUGUUCAUUUACAGUUAGCGGGAAAUAAGAUCCGUAGGUUAAAGGCCUUGAUGUUUUCUACAUUAAAGAAUUUGAAGAGCCUCGACUUACAACGAAAUGCUAUAGCAAAUAUCGAAGAAGGUGCAUUUGAGGGAUUGGAUGAACUGAAUACUUUAUUAUUGCAGCAUAAUCAAUUACAGUUCAUGUCAGAGGAGGUUUUUAUGCCUAUCCCUAAACUAAAAUAUCUGCGCAUCUAUGAUAACCCUUGGAAUUGCAAUUGUAAGCUGGACCAAAUGAUCCGGAAGUUGCAGAUCCCUGGUCAACGAAAUCUAGCUAAUCUGGCCAAAUGCAAAGCUCCAAAACGAUUUGCUGGUCAUAAGUUAAAGACAAUCAAUGUGAAUGUGCUCUGCCAGGAUGAUGAUAAUGAUGAGUAUCCUAUACCGAUCCAAAAUACUGCUGACUCCACAAAAUGCAAUAUCUAUCUUUUCCCAAAAUCAAGAAUCGAUUGCCAAAAUAAAGACCUAAUGAAAGUUCCAAUUGAUAUUCCUGUUGAAGUUCUAGAAAUUGAUCUAUCCAGGAAUAACAUCAGGCAAUUGAACGCCAAAAACUUCAUGAAUUUUAACGAAUUAGAAACAUUAAACCUCAGCAGCAAUUCAAUAGGAUACAUAGAUCCUGCUGCAUUUUCUGGUCUUUUGCGUCUGAAGGAGCUGGAUCUAUCUUCAAAUGUUUUGUACAACUUUGAAUAUGGCGUCUUGGAGCACCUAUACUUUAUAGAGAGGCUGGUUCUUACUGGAAAUCCAUGGAGGUGUGAUUUUCAAAUCCACUAUUUGGCCUACUGGUUGCAGGUUCACUACAAUGUACAAUUUGAAGGCCUUGAAUGCACAAUGCCCAAUGAAUAUAAGGGUUGGACUGUGCAGAAGUAUAUCAAAAAAUAUUAUGAGGACUGCCCCAAAGAAAAGACAAUACCUGACUUUGAUACACAUGAUUCUGAUAAGUCAGAAGAAGAAAGCAGAAGGUUACCCUAAAUAGUUGUAGCACAAAUAAUCCAUGCUUAUCUACUACAUAUGAAAACAUAACUACACAUAUGAUUAUGUAACUUUAUUUCACAUAAGCAUUUAGAUAUGUCAAAACCAGUUGCCCUACCCUCCUUGAACAUUAUUAUAAUAUUAUGAAAAAUGAGAGUUUCAGGUGUGCAUUUUCCAACUUUUUCAAGGAAUUUCACAGUUUUUUUUGUAAGGCAAGUGUAAGUCAACUGAAAUAAAAUCCAUAUUUUACAGUAUUGCUGCAUUUUUAUAAAAUGUUCUAUUGUAUUUUAUCCUUUGUAAUAAUCUAGAAAACAGUAGCUGUACCAAAUAAAGAAAAUAUAAAUCAAUUGAUUUCAGGAUUUCUAACCAACGAGCACUUGAAUGACUCAUAAUUCUGGACACAUUUUAUGCACUCUUCCUGCCAUAUGUGAUUAUGCCAUAUAUUAAGAUUUUUUUUGGAAGACAUUUUCUUUAUGUUUCCAUAUGAAGAAACUAAAUAGAAAAAUUCUCAUUUAAUUGCCAUAUAAUCAUUCAUCAUUUGGAGUCACUUAGGGUCAGGGCUUUUAAUUUUUCACUCCUAGAACAGUGCCAGCAAUCGAUUGCUAUAGCUUAUACUGCUUCAGAGCCAGUUCUAUGUAGUCUGUCAGCCAAAAUGAAACAAAUAUUUAAUUAUAGUUGGUCUAAGGAAGGGUCACUGGAUCCAAAAUAUUAACUCUGAUUUCUUUUCACAGAUGCUGCCAGACCUGCUGAGCUUUUCCAGCAAUUUCUGCUUUAGUUUUUAAUUAUACUUGCUGUGUAAAAUGCAAGCUGUAGGAAUUCUGAAAUUGAAAUGUUCCCAUUGUUAAUGAACAUGGUAACUACUAUCACCAUUUUGGCUCAAAUAUUUAAAAGGUUAAGGCCAAAAUAGAACCAAAACUGACAGUCCCCAAAAAACUAUGUAAAGGAAAUAAUGACCCAAAACUUGAAUGGAUGUUUUAACUCUAGGUAAUGAGUUAAGAUCACAUUUCAAACUUUGUUGUAACCAAUGGAAGCAUUUAGCAUCUAACAAAUUGGCAGGCUAUACCCAAACUAGCUUUGCAGUGCAGAGCCAUUGUCAGACUGAAAAAAAUCCAUUGUAUCUUUUUAUUAUCCUGAAUUCAGUAUAAUGUCUUGUCUUUUAACAAUUGGUAACAAUCAGUCCUGUUAACAUAGAAUAUAGAAAAGUACAGCACAGUACAGGCCCUUCGGCCCACGAUGUUGUGCCGUGGAAUAAUCCUAAUCCAAAAAUAAAAUAACCUAAUCUGCAUUCCCCUCAAUUCACUGCUGUCCAUGUGCAUGUCCAGCAGUCGCUUAAAUGUCACUAAUAACUCUGCUUCCAUGACUUCUACUGGCAAAGUAUUCCAUGCACUCACAACUCUCUGGGUUAAAGUCCCAGAAAAAUUCCUUCAACUGAAGUGGUCCUCUUUCCGUUCUCUAAUAGACAUAGUAUAAUUUUACAUUCACUCUCAAACUGCAUCAUCUAACAACUCUAGCUUGAUUAAAAAGCCACAAGAGUUGUGUAAGCUACACUAGUGACCAGCAAUGACUCCUGUACAGUUCCAUUGUACAUCUCAAUGUUAUGUUGUCUCCUCUUCUUCUCAGCUCUUGAUGUUGGGCUCCCUCUGUUCUACUGUUCAAUUCCAAUUUUUGGCUGAUUUCCUCACUGGUUAGACAUCACCACUAGAUCAAUUUAACCCUCUUUUCGCAACAGUUCAGUUUGUGCUUGCCAGGAUAACUAAAUCAAUAGCAAGUUUAAUGGAGAUACUUGUUCUGCAUGCUCCAUUGAGCUGUCAAAUUAAUCUUUGGUUUAGCUUCACCAGAAUACAUUACCUCAAACAUCUUAAUUUAAUUUCACAUUUUUGUGUAAACAUCAAGGGUAAUCUUAGCAUGAGCUGUCUGGCAGAAAUUAGGUGAUGAUGAAAAAUCUCAGUGGCAAACUCAUUUCCCUCACUUCCUGCUGAUCAGUACAUUGUUUCUGGAAUGUUUGCAUCUGCAUAAUCAUUCUUCUGUGUUAAAUGAAGCUUACCUUGAUAAUAUUUUACAUUGUUUUGAAAUUUAUCUGUAGUUUUUAUCUCAUCUAAUUUAACAUUCUAUUCAAGCUACUAUUUUGAUCUAAAACUUGGUAAACAUUUUGUUACAAUAAAAAAAACACUUAAAUGUU